AUGACCCCCGUGAGCGACCCCGAUCCUCCUCUCUUCCUUCCCCGCGCACGCGCUCGAACCCGUGCCGCGCACCGCACCCCCGCGGUGAGCGCCUCGUGCCCCCCUCCUGCAGUCCUUCCGCGCGCCUGCCCACGCAGGGCCGCGCCCGCUGCCGCUCGCGGCUCCGGCCGACCCGUGCUGGCCUCACCCCGCCUCGUCUACGCGCGCGCCCGCCGUGGCCGCGUUCGGCCAUCGCCGACCCCGCGCUGCACCGCCACGGCCGUCGCUGCUCCCGGCCGCGGCCCUGCCCGCGUGCUUGCUGCUGCUGCUCCCGCACCGGAUGCUGCUGCUCUGCAUCACUGCACCCGCGACGCGCCCGCCUCGCCAUGCCGCUGCGGUCCUCCAACCGCAUGCACGCGCGCCCCCUCGUCACUGCUCGCCGGAGGCCACCCGCCGCACCGCGCCGUGCAUCCCGCCAUCGGCGCGCCACCGCCCUGCUGCUCCCUGUCGCAGCCACCUCUGCCGCCGCGGCCAUCCCCCCUCCGCCGCCUCCCCUGGCUAUGGCCGGCGCCGGUGCCGGCGUGCGUCGGGCCUGCUCAGUGCCCCUCGGGCACCCGUCCAUUUGGGCGCCCACACCACCGCCCGUUAGCAUCGUGCCCGUUAAGGCCCGCUGGCCCUAUGACAGCUGGGCCCCGCCCCCUGUGA